AUGUCAGAAAAGAGAGAUAAUUUAUGUUCUCUUACAUGCACAUGCAUGAUCACUGUCUGCUAUUUGGGAGCCAUAGGAUUAUGCCGAACAGUGCUCUUCUCAAACAUUCUCAAACUAGAUGAUAAAGUAAUAAACUCAGUGUCAUUGGGCAUAUUUAGCCUCAUCUUUUUGAUAGGCCCCUUUUCAUUGCCAUUCUUCUAGAGGAUGAUUCUAAAAUUCACCUACAAAGCAGUAUUUUUCAUCACCAGUGUAGCUAAUAUCUUUAGUAUGACCUUGUACAUCAUCGUGAUUGAGCAGCAGCCCAAAGACGUGUACUUAAUUACAACCAUCUUGAUAUUCGAGGCGCUUGUCUAGCCCCCUUUAUGGCAAUCUUCUAUUGCGCAUUCAAUUACUAUGUUCGUAGCAUGUCCAAUAAGAACAAUGUUAGCAUUUACUUUGGAGUAGCCUACUCCUUAUUCUGCAUGCAAAACUUUAUAGGAGAUAUUUAUGAUCAUAUUCGAAGGGAAGAUUUACGACUACAAUGAAUACUUCUAUUAUCCAAUGUUGGGAGUAUCCUUACUCAUAACAUUCCUUUAUUGGUUCAUCAAAGAACCAGACUCAUUGUCGAAAUCAGUGACCAAAUAAAGUAUUGAUUUGUAAUAGAAAUUGAAUGAGCAUUUAUAUGGUUCAUUGAUGGAUGAUGACAAUUAAAAGAAUUAAGCAAAUAAUAACGAAUAUAUCACUCAAUUUAAACUAAUUUGGAAAAUACCAAAGUAGUACCCUUAAUUUGUGUACUUGAUCCCUACCAUCAUAUCCAUCGGAAUGUUCACUGCCUUUAGUGUCGUUUACUCUUAGGAUAUGAUAGAACCCAACUAUACGAAUGUCUCCUAUUUAAAACCUGCCAUAGUUACCAAUCUCAGCAUUCAUGGGGUUGGUUAAUUCUUAGGAGGUAUCCUGAUUGGAUUUCUAUCAUAUUCCUAUGGGUACUUGAAUUUGUUGAUAGUUUUGCAGUUGUUCGGAGCAGCCACUUAUUUAUUAUCUGUAAAUUGA